CGGGCCACGCGCCGGUAGCCUGCGCGCCGGCUGCCAGUUGCCCCGGCAACCGUCGCGCCGCGUCUUCCUGAGGGAGCUUCUGUCAGCCGGCUGAUCCCAUCAGGCGUUCCCCACUGCCCAGCGAUUUUCGCGUGGGCUCAGAGGCGGAGGGACAACAAAAAAUGGCGGAGCGGAUCCAAACGGCGCCUGAGGCAGGUAAUGAUAUGGGAAAUGACGAUGCCAUCGGAGGGAAUGUGAGCAAAUAUAUGGUGCUUCCAGCUGGAUACUGUGGACUGCCCAAGAAAGGACAUCUUAUCUUUGAUGCUUGCUUUGAAAGUGGUAACCUUGGACGGGUGGACCAGGUCUCUGAGUUUGAGUAUGAUUUGUUCAUUAGGCCGGAUACCUGUAAUCCACGCUUCCGAGUCUGGUUCAACUUUACUGUUGAAAACGUGAAAGAAUCACAGAGAAUCAUUUUCAACAUUGUUAACUUCAGCAAAACCAAGAGUCUUUAUAGAGAUGGGAUGGCCCCUAUGGUGAAAUCUACCAGCAGACCAAAAUGGCAAAGGCUGCCGCCUAAAAAUGUUUACUACUACCGCUGCCCAGACCAUAAGAAGAAUUACGUGAUGUCCUUUGCAUUUUGUUUUGACAAAGAGGAAGAUACUUACCAGUUUGCUUACUGCUACCCGUAUACGUACACUCGCUUUCAGCACUACCUUGACAACCUGCAAAAGAGAAACAUGGAUUAUUUCUUUCGGGAGCAGCUGGGUCUGAGCGUGCAACAGCGGCAGCUUGAUCUCCUGACAAUAACCAGCCCCGACAAUCUUCGGGAAGGGGCAGAGAAGAAGGUGAUAUUCAUCACAGGACGAGUCCACCCAGGGGAGACACCCUCUUCAUUCGUGUGCCAAGGGAUCAUUGACUUCCUUAUAAGCCAGCACCCGAUUGCCCGUGUCCUACGGGAGCACCUGGUCUUCAAGAUUGCACCAAUGCUCAACCCAGAUGGCGUCUACCUGGGCAAUUACAGGUGCUCUCUGAUGGGGUUUGACCUGAACCGUCACUGGCUGGAUCCCUCUCCGUGGGCCCACCCUACCUUGCAUGGAGUGAAACAACUCAUCGUCCAGAUGUACAACGAUCCAAAAACAAGCCUGGAGUUUUAUAUUGACAUCCACGCCCACUCCACCAUGAUGAAUGGUUUCAUGUAUGGCAACAUCUUUGAGGAUGAAGAACGGUUCCAGAGGCAAGCCAUUUUUCCCAAGCUCCUCUGUCAGAAUGCCGAGGACUUCUCCUACUCCAGCACAUCCUUCAACCGGGAUGCCGUGAAAGCAGGCACUGGCCGUCGUUUCCUCGGUGGGCUCCUGGACCACACUUCCUAUUGCUAUACCCUAGAGGUCUCCUUCUACAGCUACAUCAUUGGGGGCACCACAGCUGCUGUGCCCUACACCGAGGAAGCCUAUAUGAAGCUGGGGCGGAACGUGGCAAGAACGUUUUUGGAUUAUUACCGGCUGAACCCCAUGAUUGAGAAAGCUGCGGUUCCCACGCCGAGGCUGCGGAAAGAAAAACCCCUUCCCUACAAGUACCCACUCCUGAGGGGCCCGGCCAGCAACUACCCCCACGGCAAAGGGAACAAGAAGAGCUCAGUGAACCACAAAGACCCUUCAAACUCUUUUUAAGGACGUGGAGUCCAGGGAGGGCUUGUGGAAGCAGGAGCAUGCGUUUUCUGCUGGGGCAUGAAAUUAAUCACCCUUCUAGUUUCCAAGAUAAAGGUUGGGGGAUAAUGAAUAAGCUAGCAAAGGGGAAGGGAAAAAGUGAGAAAUUUCAUCAUCAAUUUUCCCCUUUACCAAUGGAAAAUCAAUUGUAAACCCUCAGCUUAAGGCUCAGGAACAAAACAGGAGACUCAAACCAGGCGAGUACAGAUGCUCUUUCCCACCACAUCCAGGUCCUCACAGGAAGAGGAAAACCUACACAUCCUUUUUGAGAAAUUUGACACAUCUCAGGUCAGUGCUUUCAAGCCGCUUUACCUUUUUAAGUUGCCUAGUUACUACAGAUGGUUACCUUUUAGAAUAAGCUGUGGCUGUUUACAGUUUUAGAAAAACCGUGUCCGUAUUUGCUGAUUCAGAACAACAACAACACAGACAACCCAAGACAAAUGUACUGUGAGGAACAAUGGAACAGAGUUUUUGAAAUCACAGUGGUCUUAGAUAUUUUGGUCCCUUUAUGUAUGAGCUGCAUGCUCCCUGACUCCCCAACCCCAGCUCUCAGAAAACUGGUCUAAGAGCUCUUUCCCAAUGACCCAGGUAGUUUAAAUGAGAUUUUAGCUCCAAAGACAAAAAGUAUCGGUCAUUCAUUUCAAAAGGACUGUCACGGUUAAUAUCUCCAGAUCCUGGUGUUGUGAGUCAAGCCUGGCCACUGAAGAGGUGGGCAUUGAUACCUGCUGUGGGGAAAGACUGGUUGUCAGGUAAGGGAGAUGCAGAAGACAAAAGGAGGCACUCUGAGUCAGGUGUGGAUGAUAAACUAAAACAACAGCAGUAGCAAUUCCCAAGGUGUGGCAAGCUUAUUAUUGUGCAUUUUUCUAAAGAGUAAAGUGCCUUUGUAUGAUGAAUGGGUCCAGGAGAGUCUGCUCUCUUCCUGUCUGUGAAGCAGCAGGCUGUCAUGGUGACUCAGCCUGCUAAUUAAAACGACCUCCCGGAAAUGAGGAUUAGGAGAUAGGGAGAGGUAGGGAGGCUCAAGGGAGGCAGGACCUUUAGCACAAAGCUCCAGUUAAGCAUUUUUUUGCUUCGGGUUGGAGAUUUUCUAAGUUUGUUGCAAAAAUCAAGAGCAAAGCUUAUUCUCCCUUUGCUUAUUGGUUUUCAGAAAUUGUAACAAAGAACCAUAUGUCAGCUGGCUACAAAUGUUGUGUUGUAUAUACAGCUUCUCCUCUGGGUUCUUGUUGCCCAGAUUAACACAAAUAAAGUGGUUUAUGCAGCUCU